ACCCACCAUGCAGUAAAGAAGAAAAAAAUGCAGAACUGAAGCAAAGAAUGAUUCUUUCCUCUACAGGAGUUUCAUUCUUUAUUCAGAUGAUGCAAAUUAUAUUUAAAAAUCCUUGUUGUUCGUCUUCUUUCGGCACCGUGAUCCCAACUUCUAUGUUCUUGGAAGAUUCAGAAUGUCACAUUUCUCAUUUGACUCUGUAGAAGACUUUUUUCAGGCAUUGAAUAAUUUUUAUCAAAAAUUUAAUGUCCAAACCAAAUAUGGACCCAGAGCUGGUGCCACUGCGUCGACUUUCAUCGUCUCAGGCGUUGGUCUUGUGUUGGUUUAUUUCGUUACUCGGAUAUUAAAGAAGAAAAAUUCCCAGCGUGUUUUUACAAGGUCGAUAUCCAUUGGAGCUCUGCAUGGUGGCAAAAUAGCCAUGAAAAGAUUGCUUCAAUUCCAAAAAAUGAGAGCCAACCCAGAAAACAAAGAUAAAUUUAUGAAGAAGUUGGACUCAAGGAUCAAGUUGGACACAAAGAUCGAGUCAGAACAUCCUAAUUUCACGAAGAUCCAGAACAUUGUGACGAAGCUGGAAAUGUUAGGACAAGAAGAUAAAGCUAUUGAAAAACUAAAAAAUGCCGCAGAAGAAGCUAAGAAGAAAUCACUUCCACUAUACGAACAUGAAUAUCAGAUGCUUCUCGUGGAAUUAUACAUUUACAAGGGAGACUUGGUAAAGGCAGAAGAACUUCCAUGCUUGAAGAACGAUGCCACUUCAGAUGUUCGACGUCCAUUAUAUAAGGCUAUAAUUAAAGUAUUGCAGAAUGAGACCCAAGAAGCAAUUAAAGAAUGGGAAGAGUUUAGAGAAAUGAGAAGCGCUUUCUUGCUACCACCUGACGUUAAAGACUCUCAUUUUUAUGCUCUCUUGGCCGAUUUCGACAGCUUUAAACGAGUAGUUCAAGUGCUCAGAGAAGACAUUUUCAAAAAACCCCGAGCAAAAUUUUGAAAUCAAUCAAAGCCAACCAUCUAAUUAUAAGCCUUUUAACUACUGUUUAUUUAUGUGUUUCUUCAUGGGGGUAGAAAGAGGAAAUUCCUAAUAAACAAAAAUAAAAUGGAGGUGAAAUUAGAAUACCUCUUGUGUGUAUUUUAAACAUUAUUUACAAAUUAUAUAGAGAAGUUGAUUUGUAAAUCAAUUAAUAUUGGAAGGAAUAUAUAAUCUUGUUUAA